UCGUCGCCCAAUCGCACCCAGCUCUCACCAAUCCCUCGUCGAUCGGCCAAACUCGCCCACCAAUUUGCAACCACUGCAAGAUUUCUCGGCCUUGCGCAUUCCCCUCCCCAGAGCUUUCCUGCAACGCUCUUGCAAACUUCCAAACCAGUGAAUCGGAUCUCCAAAACCAUUCAAAGACUGUCACCCGAUCAUGGAAUGUUGGACACUCCGCCAUCGCCACUGACCCCACUGGACGACAUGCAACCCCACGCCACUAGCCAGCAGCCCAGGAGUCAAGACCCCGUUCUCACUGCUGAUCAGCAUCCACAUGUGAUUGGAGGCAGUCUUCAAAAACCAGGGUCGCCGGAACAUAGAGAAGAUGAUGAUCUCGAAGCUGGCCGCGCCAAUUCAUCCAAGCACUCAUCGAUCCACAUGCACAUCGAAAAACAUGACAAGGACUCGGAAGCCAACACCAUCGUCAUGGACCUUCCUCCCCCGUAUUCGGUUUUCACCAGAAGAAAGAAACUUUUCGUUGUGUUCCUCGCCGCCUUGGGUGGCUUGUUCUCUCCACUCUCGGCCAACAUCUAUUUUCCCGCACUACCGGCUCUGGCCCGUGACUACAAUGUUUCGAGCACUCUUAUGAACUUGACUCUUACGUCCUACAUGAUAUUUCAGGGCCUGGCGCCUGCUGUGUUUGGAGAUCUUGCCGAUCAGGCUGGAAGACGACCAGCUUAUCUUAUUGGAUUUGUGAUAUAUAUUGGUGCAAACAUCGGCUUGGCCCUCCAAGAUUCCUACGCCGCCUUGUUUGUACUUAGAUGCAUCCAAAGCACCGGCUCGAGUGCUACCAUUGCCUUGGGAAACGGUGUGGUGGCUGACGUAGCAACAAGUGCAGAGCGCGGAACCUGGAUGGGCUACGUUACCAGUGGUCCGAUGGUUGCUCCCGCUUUGGGUCCCAUUCUUGGAGGCGUGCUAGCCAAAUUCUUGGGUUGGCGAGCCAUCUUUUGGUUCCUCACAAUAUUUGCAGGUGCAUACUUGGUUGCCUUUGCGGUUGGAUUCCCUGAAACAGGCCGUAAUGUCGUUGGCAACGGAUCCAUACCCCCCAAGGGCUGGAAUAUGUCUCUCUUAGACUACCUUCAUCACAGGAAUCUUUCUGACGCUGAAGCUUCCAAGCGAAACGUGACGUCGCAACGCAGACUGCGAUUUCCCAAUCCCCUCGGCACCCUCCGUGUGCUUGUGCAAAAGGACGCAGGUCUACUCCUGUUCUACAACAGCCUCAUAUACACCGCCUUUUACUGUGUCAUCACAUCUGCCCCAUACCUUCUCGAGCAAAUAUACGGCUACAACGAACUCCAAGUAGGCCUCGCAUUCAUUCCCUUUGGUAUCGGAGCUAUGGCUGCACCCAUGAUCAACGGGAAGCUCAUGGACUUCAACUUCCGCCGCCUCGCACGGACUGGUGGUUUCCCAAUCGACAAACGCAUCGCUGUCGACCUCAAAGACUUCCCGCUCGAGCUCGCCCGUCUGCAAGUCGCUCUCCCCUUGCUCGCCAUUGGCACGGCAGCCAUCCUAUGCUAUGGAUGGACCCUUGAGGUCGAAACCUCCAUCGCCGCGCCCCUCAUCAUGCACUUCCUCAUGGGCCUGUUCCUGACUGGCGCGUUCAAUUGCCUGAGUGUCAUGGUUGUGGAUUACUACCCUCUCUCCCCGGCCACGGCCACGGCCGCUAAUAACCUCGCGCGAUGCCUAAUUGGUGCGGCGGGAUCUGCCAUCAUCAAUAUCAUGGUUGACGCUAUGGGGAGAGGAUGGUGCUUCACAUUCAUUGCUGGCGUACUGAUCUCUUUUUCCCCUCUUUUAGUUGUUUUGCUCAAGUGGGGUCCCGGUUGGAGAGAAGGGCGGAGAGUGCGUGAAUUGGAAACGGAUAAUGCGGGUACUUGA